AUUUUCUUCCUUCACUGUUAGAGUGCCCUUCCCCGUGGAGCUUUCUCUGAAACAAUGACUUCAUCCUUCUCCAUUUGAUGAUCAACUAAAAUUGUUUGAUGCUGCUAAAAAGUUGUGAGCGUUUUGCAGUUUUGGAGGUGCAAUGAUUACUGAUAGUUAUUCAAACGUCGGAAUGCUACAAGGAACCAACGAAUUUAGGAGGCAGCAACAGGAGAUUGAUCGAGAGAGAGUGCUUAGCAUGUUCCCAACUGAUUCUACUUCGCCCACAGUUGAAGGAUCACUUAGCACUUUCAGUUGCAUUGCUUCUGAUUUUGGUUGUCUUUCAGAAGAGGAAUUGAGGUCUGAUUCAGCCUACAUUGCUUACUACUACUCCAACGUCAACCUUAACCCUCGCCUUCUGCCCCGUCUUCAGCGUCUGCAAGGUGCCGGAGCUACUAAUGCUGUGGCAUUAGGGGGUAUUGGAGAUAACAGGAAAUUUAAUCAAGAUGACAAGGGAGCGGAUCAUAAAUCACUUUUUUCGAUGCAGUUAGGAGUUGAUGUUGAAGAUGGAGAUAUUGGAACUGAGGACGAGAAGGAAUGGGGUCGAGAUGGACUUAUUGGGUUACGUGGGCUUGGAUUAGGAACCCAGCAGAAGAUUGUUGAUGAGAUGAUUCAGGGUGGUAUGAGUCACACAACAUCUACUUCGAGUCAUUCUUCUCAUCCAGCUAGCCGUGCAUUUGGUGAUGUUGUUGAUCCUUCUGAGUCCCAAUUUGCUCAUCUCCAUCAUGAGUUGACAUCUUUGGAUGCAGUACAUUCUCAUGCAAAGAUUCAAGGCACAUCUGCACUCCAAAAAGUCAACACAUCAGGCUCUCAAUCUUCUGCUUCUGCUUUGGGUGCAUCAUUGUCACAAAGUACCAACCUUGACCCUCAGCUUGUAGCUAGAGUUCCUAGUCUUCGUUUUCCUUCUACUGGUGGAGGAAGGAUAAGCUCACUAGACAAAAGAAACCUAGAUGUCCCAAACACAUCAGAGAACAUUUUAUCUAAUAUUGGGCAGUACACUGAUCUGGUAACUGCAUUUUCUGGCAUGGGUUUGUCAGUGAAUGCUACGGGAGAUGAAUGGAAGCAUCAAAACACUCAAAUUCAUAAUGAGAUUGACUAUCAUCGGAACCUCUUUCAUUUGCAGAAGGAUCAAAAUCCUAUGAAACAGCACUCCUAUUUAAACAAGUCUGAAUCAGUUCAGUUUCAUAAAUCUGCAUGUUCCUCUGCUGCUUCAUACUUGAUAGGGCCUUCUACCCCAACUCUCAGUAGUGGAGGAAGUUCACCAUCGCACUAUCCAACUGUUGAUAGUCCUAAUUCAAUGUUGUCUCCAUAUGUUUUAGGAGGUUAUGGUAUGAACCCUUCAUCACUGUCGAUGUCGGAAAACCAACUUGGUGGUGGUAAUUUUCCUUCAUUAUUUGAAAAUAUUGCUGCUGGGGCAGCAAUGGGUGCCUGUAGAAUUGACCCUAGAGCAAUUGGAGGAGGCCUGAAUUUGGGUCCUAAUCUGUUGGCUGUCGCAGCUGAAUUACAGAACAUUAAUAGACUUGGUAAUCAGACCUUGGGUGGUUCAGUGCAAUUGUGUCAGAUGGAUCCCAUGCACCUUCAGUACUUGAGAUCAGCCGAGUAUCUUGCUGCUCAGCUAUCAGCUGUCAAUGACCCAACGGUUAACAGGGAAUCUCUUGGCAAUUCAUACAUGGAUUUGCUUGAGAUUCAGAAAGCAUAUAUUGAGGCGCUGCUUGCGUCUCAAAAAUCACAGUAUGAUUUUUCUCGUAUUGGAAAAUCUUGUGGCUUUAAUAAUGGUUACUAUGGUAAUCUAGGUCUUGGUGUUAAUAUGUCGUAUCCUGGAAGUCCUUUGGCUAGUGCAUCUCUUGAAAAUUCUCCCUUUGGACCUGAUAGUUAUGUGAGGUAUGGGGAAAGGUAUGUACAUUUUCCUUUAGGAAUGAGGAACUUAUCUGGUGUAAUGGGAGCUUGGGAUUCUGACCCUGGUUCUAACUUGGGAGAAUGCUUUGCUUCUUCAUUAUUGGAUGAGUUUAAGAGCAACAAAAGUAAGUGUUUUGAGUUGUCGGAGAUAGAAGGCCAUGUUGUGGAGUUCAGUGUGGACCAGUAUGGAGGCAGGUUCAUUCAACAAAAAUUGGAGACUGCUACCACAGAGGAGAAGAACAUGGUUUUCCGUGAAAUUAUGCCCCAAGCUCUCUCAUUGAUGACUGAUGUGUUCGGUAAUUAUGUGAUCCAAAAGCUUUUUGAACAUGGAAGUGCAUCUCAGAUUAGAGAACUAGCUGACCAGCUCAAUGGGCAUGUGCUAACACUUUCUCUUCAAAUGUAUGGUUGCCGAGUGGUUCAGAAGGCAGUAGAGGUUGUUGAUCUGGAUCAGCAAACCAAAAUGGUCACAGAGCUUGAUGGUCAUGCUAUGCGUUGCGUUAGAGAUCAAAAUGGGAAUCAUGUUAUCCAGAAGUGUAUUGAAUGCAUUCCAGAGGAUGCCAUCCAGUUUGUCGUUUCCACAUUUUAUGAUCAAGUUGCGACAUUGUCCACCCAUCCAUAUGGAUGUCGGGUCAUACAGAGAGUCUUGGAACAUUGCCAUAAUCCUGAAACACAGAACAUUGUGAUGAAGAAGAUUUUGCAAUCUAUUUGCAUGCUGGCACAAGAUCAAUAUGGCAAUUAUGUCGUUCAGCACGUCUUGGAACAUGGAAAGCCAGAGGAGCGCACUUCUAUAAUUAAUAAGCUGAUGGGGCAGAUAGUUCAGAUGAGCCAGCAGAAAUUUGCCUCAAAUGUUGUGGAGAAGUGUUUAACCUUUGGAACUCGUGAAGAACGCCAGACAUUGGUAGAUGAGAUGCUUGGCUCUGACGAUGAAAAUGGUCUUCUUCAGAUACUUCAGCCUUGGAGCAAGUUCCAACAUCAUAUAGCAUAUGGUCCCUCGUGAAAUUCCAAAAGUACCCUUCUUUUAAUGUGUGCACGCCUCCACGCCGCGCGGGAGCGCCGCUGGGAGCCCGAGCAAGCGGAAGGACAACAACAACAAAACUUGCCCCGUGGGUGCGCGGUAGGAGUCCGAGCGCGGGGAAGUGCAACAACUUGCAAAUGUUUGCUUUUGUUCUUUUUUUUAAUUCCCUUAGCAUUCUUGUUGGCCCUUUUCACUAAUCAUGUUCAAUACUUGAAUUAGCAACCCUACACAUAUGAAAAGCAGACCAUUAAUUGCAAAAUUCAUAUUUAAAAUUUGUCUAAAAUAAUCUCAUUCCAUUGCCCAUCAAAUACCCUCUCACCUGAGUUUUUGCUCAUCCCGAGCAAAUUAGAACAAACUUGAUCCCCUCUAGACUUUAACGCACAAAUCACUAGAAACAGUAAUUGAUUCCAACCAUCCCUGUAGGUACAUGCAACAUUCAUCGUUAAAUGACUACUCAUUGACAAUGAAAUUUAAGCGAAAAUCAAUCUAUGAACUUUCUCACAACAAUGAAGAUGCAAUUUUAUCACCAACAAACUUAUGUACAUGCAUCACAAACAGAAAUUCUCAUUUCAUAUACUCUCACAAAGAAAUACAUUCAUGUUUUUUCAGAAUACCAUAGGCUUGACAAUCGAGUAACUCUCCACUAAUGUAUGCCUUCUUAAGUUAAAAUCAUGUAAGACUUGCACGGGUGUAUUUUGUGGAAAAGGGUGUUUGUAGAAUCUGAAAAAUAGUAAGUCACAUCACCCACUUUUUUUUCUUUUUUCUUUUGGCGACCUUUGCUUUCUUUUGAAAACAUAUCCAACAACUUUCGUUACUUUUCAACAAAUGGCUAGAUUCAACCAUCUCUUUUUUUUUUUUUCAUAAUUCAGUUCUCUACACUUCCUCUUAUAAUUCCAAUUAAGAGAGUGACACACGAGGGAUUAGACUGGAGAGCUGUAUUGGCUAAUCAAAGAAAAUAGAUUAUUAUAAGGCUCAAAUUGGUUGACUAGGGAUACUUGUCAUGAACGUUUGGUGAAUUUAGGUCAGUAGUUGGUUAAUCAAAGGAAGCCUACAAUCAUAUUUUUCUCAAAAAGUCCUAGAAUUUUGCCUAAAAAACUACCAUGCCGAGUUCUAGAUUCUUUUAAGGCAUGAGUACACAUCUAGAUAUUUUCACCACACAAAAUUCAAGGAUUGAUAAUGCUUCAACUUCACAUGCCAACAAGUGUGUAAAUUUCAAAAAUAAAACAAGCAACACAACAUCUAGAUAGAAAUUAGUCAAUUUCUACCUCUAGCACUUGUUCAACAAUUAUGCUAUGACUCUUAUCCUAAAAAAAGUUUGAUUCAAAACAAAUAUGACUAUGACAUAAGAAUCAGGCAAGAAACCCAUAGAAGUACAAUAAAGAAGUUACCCUCGCAAGAAAAACUCUUUUUUUUUUAUUUACAACUCCUUCACCCCCACACUUAAGCUAUGACAUGUCCCCAUGGCAUAAAGAAACUGCAAAAGUAAAGGAAACUUCCCUGACUUUCUUCAAUCAGUGUCAUAAAUAGUGUUGGGGUCCAUUGUGCAUACUCGGCCAAACGUGCGUAACUAAGCCAUGAUUUUUUCAUCCGACGUGUUAACAAUGAGUUCAUCCAUCUUCGUAUGCAUAUCAACCAUCAAAGAUUGUAUCUCAGUUACUUGAGUUUUAAGGGAGUGGAAUCGCUCCUCCCAUGACCGUUCCAUUGAAUCCUGAGUGCCUUGAGCAGGUGGCACUACAUGAUCGGGCAACUCUUCCACUUCAUUAGAGUCAUCCUUGCUUGCUAUCAACUCUAAACUUUGGAUCAGCCAUAAGAGUAACAUGUGACUUCUUGAAUUUAACACCAGAAAGUUGACAUAGCCUUGUGAUAAGAGCCGGAAAGAAAUAACCAUACUUGGGAGAGGUGACUUUUUCAAACAUCUAUUCUUCAAUUAAUAUGCCAGACAUGAUAAGCAAUUUUUUCAUCAAACAAAAGAUAAGGGCCGCUCUAAAACCGUGUACCUCAGUUGUAUUGGUGGAGGGAAGGAUAUGUCUAGUGAUUAUAUGCUACCAACACUUUGCCUUAGUGUUCAAAAUCUUAGAGUAGAAUUUGUGGUUCACCUUCUACCACUGCACUGGCUGUACUGAUGCACAGAUAACCUCGGUGGACAUGUUCCAUUGGUAAGGCUCUUUCUUGUAUGUCUUAUGAUAUGCAUCACGUGUCCACUAAAUCCUGGGAGGUUAUAGGUACGUUCAAUGACUUCUUGUGCAAAAUUUAUCUCUUCCCCCCGUACCAUAUAAGCAAGAUGCUCAUGCUCAGGCAAGUCCGCAUAGAAUUUCAUCACAACUGUCAUAUUAGCCUCCUUGGGUUGCUCAAAUAGAAUUUCCCAUUGGCGAUGCACAUUGUCCUAGUAAACCUUGUUGAAUUCGCGUAUCAAGGAACCCCUAUCAACUCCUUUUUUGACUAUGACUUUUCGGAAUGAUUUCACUUGUACCUGUUGUUGAUCUUCCCAAGAAACAAAUCUGGUUGCAUCAAAUGACUUCAACGAUUUUGACUGUUUUUCUUUUGAAGAUGUUGAAUUUUUCCUUGUCGAAGAACUUGCCUUUGUGCUUGGAACAACCCCUACAUUUUUUGCUUUCUUGGAUUUUCCAUUUUGUUGAGUGUCCUGUCAAUUAGAAAAAUAAUCCAAUCAAUAUAAUCUUGACAUUCCAAUCUUAACAAUGUGCACCAAAAAUCAUGAUAUGCGAUUGCCUUUUUCUUUUAUUUUUUCUAAAAAGUUUUUCUUCUCCUUUUCUUUUAUUUAGACAUUUUAUCAAGUACCUUGUGUGCAUCCAUGUUGUUACUUCAAUUACAACAAAAUGAGUAUAAUCUACACCCAACAAUCAAGUAGACAACAAUAUUGACAUUGUUAUACAACUUAGUUCAUCAAACUAUUCAAAACAAAUACAUACAA